AUGAAAUUUUUUUCGAAGAUCCCGUUCCAGAUUUCGAAGGUCCAUUUAAGUAUGAGUAUUUUAUUUUGCAUCAAUCUUCUCAACUAUAUGGAUAGGUACACAAUUGCGGGCAAGUUUUUGUCACAUUUCGUGGAUUAUUAUGACAUCAAUGACGCAAAAGGGGGUCUCUUGCAGAGCAUCUUCAUGCUUUUUUACAUGAUAUGUUGCCCAGUUUGUGGUUUCCUAGGCGAUAGGUAUAUCAGAAAAUGGGUUAUGACAAUCGGGAUAGCAGUGUGGGUACUAGCCGUGUUUGCCUCCACCUACGUUCCUAAAAAUAUGUUCUGGCUGUUUUUGUUGCUCAGAGGAAUAGUUGGCGUCGGAGAAGCUUCUUACGUUAUCACUUCUCCAUCGGUAAUAGCCGACAUGUGCAGUGGAGAGAAUAGAAGUCGAAUGCUGAUGCUAUUCUAUUUUGCGAUUCCUUGUGGAAGUGGCCUGGGCUUCAUUAUCGGUUCUUACCUGUCUGCGCUCACUGGCGACUGGAAGUGGGGCAUUCGUGUAACCGCAGUACUAGGUGUCGUUUGUCUACUGGCGAUUAUUUUCUUCAUCCAAGAACCAGAAAGAGGUGGGGUCGAGCGAGAAGGCAGAAAUGUCGUUGCAUUGGUCGCCAGCAGUUACGUUAAUGAUCUCGGAAGCCUGGCUACAAAUCUCACAUUUAUCUUUUCGACGGCUGGUUACACGGCUCUUGUUUUCGUUGUUGGGACUCUUGCUUGGUGGGCUCCAACGGCCAUGGAACACAGCUACGCCAGCAAACGUGGGCUUAGCAGCACUGAUGAACUCGAUCCUGACAUAAAGGCGCAGUGA